UAUUUUUUAAUAAUAUUUUAUCAAUGUGAUUUUAUCCGGAGAUUAACACCGUGUGGCCUGAUCUACUCGCUCCGUUAUAUAGCUUCAGUUCAGUAUACAUAACUUCACCAUUACUUACACCAUGCAUAACUUCAUCAAUGUGCUCGUUACCACCGAAAGUUGGCAACUUUCACGCAUCGUAUUACCCGCGAUAAGAGCAAGAGUCGAUAAAUUCAAGCAACUCGGCGGAAGCAAUAAUCACGAAAAUGAACGUUUUACUCCAGAAACAUGGAGCUAAACACAUAUAUAAGGUCCCGGAAGGAUUACGCGAACUAUGCACCGACAUCGCACGCGAGGUUCUACGCUCGCAACCGAGGAACAUUUAUUGCUUCGUUGCUGAUUAUGUUGAAGCGCUUUUGAUCACACGGGAAAAUGCUAAAGUCGCGGUGAAAGUCGUAAACAAUAUUUUAUUGGGGAGCCAGGCCAUCGUGGGUGUACUUCACCGGAGCGGCUUGAGUUUAGAGCAGAUCGCCCGCGCCGCGCCCAGGAUUCAGACGGCGUUCCGCGCGUACUUGGACGCGGUAGACAUGCGAGCGGCCCAGGUGUGCGACGACGCGACUUGCGACGAGAGAUCCAAGGUAUCUCUGCAAAGUAUUCUGCAAGCGACGGGGGUCCCGCUGGAACAGGCGGAGAAGCAUGCCACGAUAAUACAAGCAGCUUUCCGCGGGCAUUACGAGAGGAUGCUGUUAAACGAGUCCCGCGGCAUGAUUCAAUGGCAACGGGCGGCAGCAAGGACCCUCGAGAUUUUGAGGAAGGCAGGAGCUUCGCAAGCGGAAGCGUCGAAAGCCGCCAUUCUAAUACAGGCUACUUACCGCGGGUACUACACGAGAAGGAACCUAAAAAUGAAAAUGAAGGAAGAAAAAGAAAGCGAGGUAGACAUAAUAGAACCCGGAGAGGCCGUUCAAGCAGUAGCUUGGCUGGAUACGAUGUACGAAGAAUCAGGACUGACACCGAUGAGAGCAAACGAAGCUGCGUCCGUUAUACAGAAAGCUUACAGACGAUAUCGCCAGAAAAGAAGUGACGCUAAUCCAUCGGUAGAAUCAACGAGAUCAGCGGUGACGGGAGCAAUUCUAAAAAAUUUGCAUCAAAAGGUUUUCGACGAAGUCAUGGCCCGCGUAGAGAUCCCCACGGAAUUCGGUGAUCGAGAGGACUUGAUGGAAGCUGGCGAGGAACUUCAACGUGUUUUUAAUAAUCGAUUGAUGCGUGCUCGCUUGGCGGAGGAAGAAUACAGCGAAGAGAACCCCGUUCACGUAGAAGAGUUCGACGAAUCGUUUAAAAAACUGGUGGACAAUGGCAUGUAUUGGAUCGACAUGGCGGAAGAUUGGCAAAAAGGUCGAGAAAUCGAAGUAGAGUCGGAACGUGACGAAGAAACAGACACGUACGUGCAAGACUAGUGGACUCGGAGAGAGAGCCGAACUUUCCGCGAGGGGAAGAGAAAAGCGUCGCGAUGCUGCGGAAUCCUUUUCAGAGACCGGCGGGAUGAGCCAAUUAACAUGGAAGCUGCGGGUGAACGGUGCGAGAAAAGAAUCGAGACAACGAGCACAAAGAGUCCAGCAAGCGAAAAGCUGCCGAAUGCCGGAGACACCGCGGAUUUUAAUGCACAUGCUUACGUUCGAUAACUCCGUUAACGUUCCGCGCUUCUGUAGCGAGCUUAAAAUUUCCCCGGACGGAAACUGGCUCUCUAGCAUGCGUAUUACGAGUAAAACGAGUUAAAAGUUAAUUGUCCCGCCUAUGCAACGUUAAUUUAAUUCGGACAAUACAGGCUAAACGGUUUCAUGGACUUGUCGAAAAUUUGAUUUGCAUAAUUUUUAUUCUCAACGUUUAGCGUUUUAAUACUCUGUUACUAUUUCGCUGCGUUAAUACGGCGGGCAAAUAUUGCAAAAAAAAAGUUUUUAGUUGGAACGGAAAAAGGUGUAAAAGUUGCGAGGAUUUUGCUUAAAUUUUUCA